UUACUGCUCUUUACUCAGUAGGCAGCAGCAGUCUGUCCUCAUCCCUCCUUGUCUUUAUAUCUCCUUUGCUCGUUAUGCCGGUGGGCUGUUUGUGACACAAAAGGGAAACGUUGGGAAACUCCUAUUGUCUCAGGCUGGAUUCUCUCGUCUACACCAAUGGAUGGAGUUUAUUCCCCUGCAAGCACAGUGACUUCUUAAAAACUUCACACUCAGUGCCGGGUGCUUUUCCUGGAGUUUUCCGGGUGAUGGAGCAGCGUGGAGGUGCAGGCGGGGGAACGGAGAGCCCCAGUCUUCGGGACAGCACCAGCCCAGAGGAGAGAGGAGGGGAGAGCCCUGCCUCCAGUGGCCCCCCGCCGUGCAAGUUGAGCCUCCUGGAGGUCAACGGCAGCCCAGCAGCCCCGCGGACCAGACACAACGGCACACCGCUGAGGCGACUAGGAGGUUUGAUGAUCCCAGUCUACUGUGUGGUGGAGCAUGCGGACGUGGGCGUAGCUGGUGACUGUGAGGGGCACGGCGACCGUCACGCUGAGUUUGUGUUGGUUCAUAAGGAUGUCCUCUUCACGCAGCUGGUAGAGACGGCACUGGUCGCUCUGGGAUACUCGCACAGCUCAGCUGUACAGGCAAGUGGCAUCAUUAAAGUGGGCCGUUGGAAGCCGAUGCCCAUCCACUACCUAACGGACGCUCCGGAGGCAACAGUGGCGGACAUGCUGCUAGACGUUUACCACAUGGUUACACUGCGGAUCAUACUGCACAGCUUUGCCCGGCUGGAGGAGCUGCCGUCAGAGCAGUGGACCCACGCCACGGUGAGGAACGCCCUCAGAGAGCUGCUCAGAGAGACCAACCAGAGCACGCUGGCCAAGGACUGUCCUCUCUCCCAGAGUAUGAUCUCAGCGAUACUGAACACUUCCUACUACAGUAACGUCUCCACCUCUAAAUGCCAGGAGUUUGGUCGCUGGUACAAGAGGUACAAACGCAUCAAAGGUGAAUACAUUGAGAAGAUGUGGUCAGCACAGGACAAAUCAGAUAUUAAAGUGGAGAGGGAUUUGGACUUGAGCGUCCUCAACCAGCGUCCCCCCUCUCUCCUGCCCUCCCCCACUCAUAUGGGCAACCUAGGCAGCCCUGGAGCUCUGUCCAUCAAGGGUGGCCUCGGGGACUCUCAGACCUCCACCCAGCCUCAGUGUCUGCCUCAGCACGCCAGCCAGCACCACCCCGGUGCACCGCUGCGUCCCCAGGGUCCACCUCUGCUGGGCCACGGUGGGCUCCUGUCCCCUCAGCUCGUCCGUCAGCAGCUCGCCAUGGCCCACCUCAUCAACCAGCAGCUGGCCGUCAGCCGCCUGCUCGCACACCAGCACCCACAGGGAGUCAGCCAGCAGUUUCUCCACCACCCGCCCAUCUCACGGACCUGCAAGGGCCCCGGGGCCGCUACAGAGCACGGCCUCAACUGUUCAGGGGCCGAAGUCUCCUCCGCCAUUUACCAGCAAGUCAGGAACGAGCUGAAGAGGGCCAGCAUUUCUCAGGCGGUGUUCGCCCGUGUGGCUUUCAACCGCACACAGGGACUGCUGUCAGAGAUCCUUCGUAAGGAGGAAGAUCCUCGCUCGGCCUCACAGUCGCUGCUCGUCAACCUGAAGGCCAUGCAGAACUUCCUCAACCUGCCAGAGGGCGAGCGAGACCGCAUCUACCAGGAGGAGAGAGAGCGGAGCACUAACUCCAACCACAAUCUCCCCACCAACCAUAUCUCCAGCAGCAACCCACACAGAACCCCACAGUUUCCGUGUCCUACUCAGCAGCAGACAAAGUGCAUCAUGCCUGCUGCUGAGCUGCCGUUGAAGUUGGACUCGCUGGUGAACAUCUCGUCAGGCAUCUAUGAUGAGAUCCAGCAGGAGAUGAAGAGGGCGAAGGUCUCCCAGGCUCUGUUUGCCAAAGUGGCUGCCAAUAAAAGUCAGGGCUGGCUGUGUGAGCUGCUCAGGUGGAAAGAGAGCCCGAGCCCUGAGAACCGCACACUGUGGGAGAACCUGUGCACCAUCAGGAGGUUCCUGGCGUUGGCGCCGGCCGAUAGAGAUCAAGUCUACGAAGAAGAGUCGAGGCAGCAGCACAGCGAGCGGCUCCACACCGUCCUGCACAUCCCAGACCAGCAGGUCCUCCACAGACAGCCUCCCCCCCCUCUGACCACUCCAUCUCCCAUUCACGAAGACCCAAAGCCCAUCCCGCUGCUGGUCUUGCAUGGCUCAGAGGAGCGUGGCAUGAGUCCCACCCCCGGAGGAGGCGGACCGAGGAAGGCCCGCUCACGGACGCGGAUUUCCCUCGAGGCUCUUGGAAUCCUGCAGAGCUUCAUCGGUGAUGUGGGGCUCUACCCCGACCAGGAGGCCAUCCACACCCUGGCAGCCCAGCUGGAUCUACCCAAGCACACAAUAGUCAAGUUCUUCCAGAACCAGCGCUACAACGUCAAGCACCACAGCCUGGUCAGAGAGCCCGUCCCCGGGGAGGACGACCGGGAUAGCUCGAGUCCCAGUGAGGGGGGCGUCUGUGCGGGGGAGAGUCGAGGGGACGAGGAGGGCCUCUCUGUGUCUGAGGAGUCGAGCGAGGACGGGAGAGGAUCAGCGAAGGGGUUCAGAACAAAGGGAGAAGACGGAGGGGAAGAAAGAGAUGUGGAGAUGGAGAAGGAAGAUGGGGAUGAUGGGAAAGCCUCAGGGCCAGCGACUUCCUCCCUGUCGCCCUACAGCAGCCUGGACAGCCCCCCCUCCGCAGAGCAGCAGAGAUAACAGCAGCGAAGCCAGAACUGAGGAAAACAUUCAAUGAACACAAAGGACACCAUCAAACUGUGAAGCCAACACACAGAUGACCUGUGAAUAAACACACACACACACACACACACACACACAAACACACACACACACACACACA